GCUCUGGAGCAUGGCAAAGACGCGAGCCUCGUCUCCGCAGCAGAGGCCCUGGUGGAGGUUUCCAUCCUGAGCCCUUCGAACUCGAGCUCUGCGGCUCCUCGUAGCUUUGCCACUUCUCCCAGCACUUCUUCGGAAGCUCCGGAAUUUUUUGAAUUCCUUUCCGCCACCACCAGGGCUCCCGAGCUUCGGAAAGCCGUUGCAGAGACCGGGACGACCCCGAAAGCUUCGCGAACUCCGGCGGGCAAGGCGGACACCAUCGCCGUGAUGCUGGCCAUGCAGCGCUCGGGGACGAACUUCCUGGCCGUGGAGCUGAGCCGACACCCCUGCAUCGACUUGCAGCACGAGCUCUUCAACGACCUGAAGAAGGCGGGCUUCCCGUGGAGCCUGAAGUUGCGCCAGAAAGUCCUGAAGCGAUUUCUCUUCCUGGACUUCGACGCUUCUGCCAUCGCACACUUUCCAGAGAACACCCAGGACAUUCUGAGCCGUUCCCUCGAGUCUUUCAAG